AUGGAUCUCCUCUUGCAAUGGGUUAGGGCCGUUCCUCCCGUCACUAGGGGUUGGGUGGCCGGAAUUCUAAUGAUAUCAAUAUUAAUCAAGCUCAGGCUAGUAAGCAAAACGAAUUUGGCAUUCAUACCCGAGAGAGCGUUUGGAAACGAGCCGUGGAGGUUGGUCACUACCUUUUUCCUUUUUGAUGAGUUCUCGUUUGAGAUGAUUUAUUAUUUGUGGAGUUUGGAACGUUCAAGUCGUAUGUUGGAAUCAGCUUUCAUGAGCAAAUUGCAUCUUUUCCCCCAAGAGUUCAAAAGAUUGUCAGGGAGACGGAAGGAGCUUGUACAAGAAUUCAUCGACAGGAACCGAUCACUCGACUACCUUUAUUACGCAUUACAAAUUUGUGCCUCAAUAGCCAUAGUCAAUUCCACCUUAUAUUAUAAGAUCGGGUACGUCUCCUUGAUGCUAGGAGUGAAUUUAAACGACAUAUUGUUGUACAUUUCUUGCCGGGAAGACCCCGAUGCUGAGGUGAACCUCAUGUGGGUAAUACGCAUGAGGGCAGCGUAUCUUCCAUGGUGCAUUACAUUUUUCAACUUGCUCUUUUUUGGAAACAUCUUGAAUGAGGUAGUCCUGAUAUUUGCAGGUAACUUCUCAUUGUUGAUACCGGUGUUGAAAUCAAAACCAUUAGUGACCAUCUAUGUAACUUACAGUUUGGCACAUUUCUGGUGGUUCCUGAGGUCUUUUUUAUUGGGAAAGGUGUACCACGACUCCAACGAUAGAAGAAGAGAAUUGAGGGAAAAAACAUUGGAAAAGUACAAUGUGAACUCUACCAAUUAUACCAGAGAGGCUGUGGCUUGGUUUUUGUUACCUCCUUGGUAUUGGUUUUACUUUAGGCAAUUUCUAAUCACAACCGCUAGUGAUGCACCCAACUCAGUUGCAAGUGCAUCGAAUGAGGGGAAUACACUGAACGAACCUCAAUUCGUUCCCAACGAAGCAGAGAAUGCACAUAACCCAAAUUAA